AUGCCUUAUAUGCAUCAAUACGAUUACAUAUUCGCCAUUGGCGUUAUAUUCGCCACGUUGGACGCUUUCAACAUCGGUGCGAAUGACGUGGCGAAUUCUUUCGCUACAUCCGUAUCAUCGCGAUCACUCACAUUAAGGCAAGCAUGUGUUGCAGCUGCAUUGUGUGAAUUUUUAGGUGCAGUAUUAGUGGGAGCCAAAGUAUCUGGCACGAUCAAAAAUGGAAUUAUAUCGUUAUCAUCAUUCAACAAAAAUGCUGGAGUUGAAUUACUGGGAUUCACUUGUGCUCUAGUAGCUUCUGCAUCAUGGUUAAUGAUUGCGACAUACAAAAGUUGGCCUGUAUCAACUACUUAUUCAAUUGUCUCUGCUCUUGCAGGAGUGGGAGUUGCGAUAGGCGGAAAAGACGCCGUUAAAUGGGGUUGGAAUGAUGCUAAAGGUAUCGCAGCUAUUUUCGCUGGUUUCAUAAUCGCUCCUCUUCUAUCAGCAGGUUUCGCUUCUAUCGUUUACCUGAUUACAAAAUAUGCUGUUUUGGAAAGAAAAAAUUCAAUCAAAUCAGCUUUGAUCUUAUCUCCCGUCUACUUUUUCACCGUAGCCGCAGUCUUAACUAUGUCUAUUGUAUACAAGGGAGCGCCUUCGUUAAAACUUGAUAAACUUUCAAAACCAACUAUUGCACUAGCGAUCGUCUUAACAGGAUUGGUAAUUGCUAUCUUAUCAAUACUAUUUUGGUUACCUUAUGUUCAUGCCAAAGUAGUCAAGAAAGAUUAUACUAUUCGAUGGUAUCAUUUCUUUUUUGGACCAUUAUUAUGGAAAAGACCUGCACCUGAAGAAUCACUAGAAACAAUUCAUGCUCAUGUGCCGGAUUAUAGAGUAGUUGGUAGGGAUGAUGAGAAGAAAGUUUAUUCCGAUGAUGGAAGUAACCAUGGUCCUGGUCAUGAUCAUGAUAAUGGUGAAUUACCUCCCACGACUCUUCCUAUCGAAGGACACGAUGGAUCACCCAAUCGAGCUAAGAAAAUCGAACUUGAUAAUGAUGUUGAAGCAUCACAAGGAAGAGCUCAACCUCGUCACUCAGUCCCAUUGGAACAAGUUGAAGUUGAUCCCAAAACACAAAUUCAAGGUCUUUGGAUCUUGCCUCGAAACCUUUGGGUAAUCGUUCGAUAUAAGAUCCCUAAAAUCCUUCUGCAUGGUUCUUCGAUCGACGUUCACGCUAUGCAAAAUGCUCAAGGAAGUAAACAAGCUAAUAGGAUUCAUGAGAUGCAUGAAAGAGCGAAUCAAUAUCCCAAUGAGACCGAACACCUUUACUCAUUCCUUCAAGUUUUAACUGCUUGUACCAAUUCAUUCGCUCACGGUUCAAACGAUGUCGCCAACGCUAUCGGUCCCUUUUCAGCCAUCUACUAUAUCUGGUCCAACGGUGUAAUCACACCAACCAACACACCUACUCCCACUUGGAUCUUGGCUUUUGGAGGUAUAAUGAUCGUCAUUGGUCUGGCUACUUAUGGUUAUAAUAUCAUGUCCGUGUUGGGAAAUAAACUUACAAUGCAUUCACCUUCAAGAGGUUUCUCAAUGGAAUUUGGUGCUGCCAUUACAGUCUUACUCGCUUCCCAAUAUGGUAUUCCAGUUUCUACCACAAUGUGUAUUACAGGUGCUACCGCCGGUGUCGGUAUUCUCUCUUCAGGAUUCAGAGGUGUCAAUUGGAGAGCAUUCGGUUGGAUUUUCAUGGGAUGGGUCUUGACUGUUCCGGUCGCUGGUCUCGCCGGUGGAAUGUUGAUGGGUAUCAUUUUGAAUGCACCUCAUUUCUAA